UUAACACACGCUAUAAAACGAUGGAUAAAAAUAGGACACGAUAUUGAAUCGGGUGAGGAAAUACAGGAUGCAAUAAAAGACUUGGCAGGAACACACGUUGCCAAUAUUAUACCUAAUCGUGAGGAAGAAGCCGGGUAUAUUUUGGCUAGGUCAUUACCAUGGUUAGGACCAUGGAAAAAAUAUGCACCUGAACAAAUUAUAAAAAUUACGAAAGACCAUAUUUUCAAAAAGCCGGAACCAAUGCUAUCUGAACAUACGAUACCUCCUAAGUCUUGGACUAUGCCAACGCCACAAAUUCAAAAUAAAAAUAUAAUGAAUAAAUCAACUAUUGAAUGUCAGGAAAACUUGACG